AUGUUUUACCACAUCUCCCUGGAGCAUGAGAUCUUGCUGCACCCGCGCUACUUCGGCCCCAACUUGCUCAACACCGUAAAGCAGAAGCUCUUCACCGAGGUGGAGGGGACCUGCACGGGGAAGUACGGCUUUGUCAUUGCUGUCACCACCAUCGACAACAUCGGUGCGGGUGUGAUCCAGCCAGGCCGAGGCUUUGUCCUGUAUCCAGUGAAAUACAAGGCCAUUGUGUUCCGGCCCUUUAAAGGGGAGGUCGUAGAUGCCAUUGUCACGCAAGUCAAUAAGGUUGGCCUCUUCACGGAAAUCGGUCCCAUGUCCUGCUUCAUCUCUCGACAUUCCAUCCCAUCAGAGAUGGAGUUUGAUCCCAACUCCAACCCUCCCUGUUACAAGACAGUGGAUGAGGACAUUGUGAUUCAACAGGAAGAUGAAAUCCGUUUGAAGAUUGUGGGGACCCGGGUGGACAAGAAUGACAUUUUUGCUAUUGGCUCCUUGAUGGACGAUUACCUGGGACUUGUGAGCUGAGCCUGAGGCCUCCUGCC